AUGGGCCUCCUCUCCACCUCCAUCGAGACGCUUUCGUCGCGCUCGCGUCGGUCUUCCGCCGCCCCGCCCCCCAAGGACCUGUCUGAGGAGGACGGUCGCGACGCCGACAUGAGCACCCUCGACAAGGACGAGGGAAACAUUCUCCUCAGCCUGAUUUCUCAGCUUCGUCCCGGAAUGGACUUGACCAAGAUUGCGCUGCCAACCUUUGUUCUUGAGCCCCGCUCGCUGCUGGAGCGCAUCACCGACUUUUUCAGCCACCCCGACCUCAUCUUUGGGGCCGGCAAUGACCCCGACGCGCGCCAACGCUUCAUGAGCGUUCUGACGUUCUACCUGUCGGGAUGGCACAUCAAGCCGCGUGGUGUCAAGAAGCCUUACAACCCGAUUCUCAACGAGUUUUUCCGUUGCGCAUACUACUAUCCGGACGGCAGCUCUGGCUACUAUGUGGCUGAGCAGGUGUCACACCACCCGCCAAUCUCGGCUUUCUUCUACGUGUCGCCCAAGAAUGGCAUCCUCAUUACCGGAGAGCUCAAGCCAAAGUCCAAGUUCCUUGGUAACUCGGCGGCGACGAUCAUGGAGGGUGAGGACCGUGUCCGCUUCCUCCAGCGUCCCGAGGACGGCGAGUACAGCAUCACCAUGCCCAACACGUACGCACGCGGUAUCCUCUUUGGCAAGAUGAUUCUCGAGCUUGGCGACCUUUCCACUGUCAAGAAUGACCAGACCGACUAUUCAUGCGAUGUCGACUUCAAGACCAAGGGCUGGAUUUCGGGUGGCUACAACCUUAUCGGAGGCCGCGUCAAGGGCCCCGGUGGCCGCGACCUCGGCGAGCUCUCGGGCAUGUGGAGUGGCGUCAUGGACUUUGCCGACAAGGACACGAGCAAGAAGGCGGCGAUCUUUGACGCUCACAACUCCAAGACUGCCCCCAAGUCGGUGUUGCCAGAGGAGGAGCAGGAGGUGAACGAGAGCAGGAGGCUCUGGAGCAAGCUCACGGCGGCGAUCAAGCUGUCGGACAUGGUAGCGGCACAAGAGGCCAAGUCGGAGGUCGAGGAGCACCAGCGCACCCUUCGCUCGGAGCGCGAGGCCACGGGCGAGCCUGCACCGGGCCCGCACUACUUCCGACCUGUCGGCGAGAAGUGGAUGCCUCAACUGGACCUGGAUGCGCUGCCCAAGGACGUCGACGAGCUCGAGGCGGUCGUGACCAAGUUCAUCUUUGGAGACAAGGUCCCCGGCCCAUCGACCGACGGCUCUGGAACCCCGAUGCGUUGCGGCCCCAACGCCCACCACCACCGCUCUCACGGUCACAAGACCAAGACUUCGAACGGCACCACAUCGCCGGAAUCUGCUGCGUCCCCUCCAAUCAGCCGGUAG